GGGCGGGCGGAGGAUGCGGCGGCUCGCGCGGGUGGCGCUGCUGUGUCUGGGCUGCGGCGUCUGCUCGCUGCUCUACGGCCUCAGCCAGCUCGCCCUCUCGCUGGAGCAGGAGCCCGGCGGCGGCCGGGAGCGGCAGGCCCGAGACCCCGCCGCGCCCGGCGUCCGGCGGCAGGCGGGGAGCGCGGGCCGGGGCGAGGCGGGGGCCCGAAGGUGUAAGAAUUUGUCUGUAUCUUUCUGGAAUUCCUAUUGGAUGCUGCCCUCUGAUGUUUGUGGAAUGAACUGCUUUUGGGAAGCUGCUUUUAGAUAUGAUUAUAUGAAAACACAUCCUUCUGAGAAAAUGCAUCUAGCAGUGGUGGCCUGUGGUGAAAGACUGGAAGAAACGGUUACUAUGUUGAGAUCAGCCGUUAUUUUCAGCAUCAGACCUCUCCACUUCCAUAUUUUUGCUGAGGACCAAUUACAUGAGCGUUUCAAAGACAUACUUGACGAAUUCCCCUAUGAAGGAAAAGUUAAUUACACGUUAUAUCCAAUAACAUUUCCAACUGAGAGUGCAGCAGAAUGGAAGAAAUUGUUUAAACCAUGUGCUUCACAAAGGCUAUUUUUGCCAUUAAUCCUCAAAAAUGUGGAUUCACUACUGUAUGUUGAUACCGACAUCCUGUUUUUGAGGCCUGUUGAUGAUAUUUGGUCUUUUCUGGGAAAGUUCAACUCUACACAAAUCGCUGCAAUGGCACCAGAACACGAAGAGCCUCGUAUUGGGUGGUAUAAUCGCUUUGCUAGACAUCCCUAUUAUGGAGUAACUGGAAUUAAUUCUGGAGUCAUGUUAAUGAAUAUGACACGUAUUAGAAGAAAAUAUUUCAAGAAUGAUAUGACACCAGUCCGGUUACAGUGGGGAGAAAUUCUUAUGCCACUACUGAAAAAAUACAAGUUGAACAUAACAUGGGGUGAUCAGGAUCUAUUGAACAUUAUGUUUUUUCACAAUCCAGAAAGUCUUUAUGUCUUUCCUUGCCAAUGGAAUUAUCGACCUGACCACUGCAUCUAUGGAAGCAAUUGUAAGGCAGCUGAAGAAGAAGGUAUAUUUAUUCUUCAUGGAAACAGAGGUGUGUACCACGAUGAUAAACAACCAACUUUUAGGGCUGUCUAUGAAGCAAUAAAAAAUUAUUCAUUUGGAGAUGAUCUGGUUCACUCACUGCUGCAGCCCCUAGAACUGGAAUUACAGAAAACCAUGCAUACAUACUGUGGAAGAGUUUACAAAGUAUUCAUAAAACAACUAACAAAAAGCAUAAAAGACUUGUAUGCCAGAAGAUCAAAGGGAAGGUGACUUUUGACUCCUAGCUGUUAUAUCAAGAGACUGAAGUAAUAUACUGGUCAAAAGAUGCAAGAAUUUUAAUACAGCUUGAAUGGGCUCUUAAUGUGCCCAGCCAGAAGUUUACUAGCAUACAUAAAAAUGAAGAAAAUAUUCAUGUAAUGAAGAACAGGAACUUUUUUCUGCAGAGGUGACUUUUUGCUCUUUUGAAGUUUAAUCACUGCUAAUGUUUAUCUUGGUUCUGAUGAUUUGCGUGUUACUGGCUUCUAUGGUCAGUACUUUUAGUCUGACCGUAAUUCAGUUAUCUAAUGAUCAAACAAACAAGGAAGAAAUGAAGAUGGCUCUGUUUGAGAGUGUACCUCAUAUAUUGUCUAAAAUUAUGUUAAAACUGUGAAUGUAGCAAUAACUGAGUCAGCAGCACUAAUCUCACUUUAAAGGUGUGAGCCUUUAUGUAAACAAAGUUGUUUACAAGUGCAGAAAAUACUCUGUUUUCAACAAAAUGGGUUGUAAUUAUCGACAAUCUGUAUGUGCCUUUACAUGUUCAUCUCUUACAUGUUGAAGUACUGUUUUGACAAUCUUGUUUAUCUCAGAUGUGAACUGCACGAUAUAAAUAGGAUUUUCUGAGAAGGUGAUAACUAGUAUGUGAUACUAGUUUUCUCCAUUGGUAAAUACGGAGACUUUAUAUUAAAAAGCAUUUGUUUGAACAUUGUAGAGCCAUUAGCUCUAAAAGGCAGAGCAGAGUUGAGGGGGUUUUAAGUAAAAAUUCAUUUUGAAGUUACUUGUCUUAUGAUACUUUUUAAAAAAUUCAUGGUUUUGCAGCUUUAAUAGGGCAUUUGGGAAGCCAAGAAAAACCCAACAGUGGAAAUCUGUUGCUGUUGUAUUUCCAUACUAGGAAUUAUUACCUGAUGAUUGUUAUAGAGUAUGUAGGACCUAAAAGUGAAGAGCUGUAGUAAGAGUUCUGAUGCUUCAUCAGACUGGGUAGUAGAUAAGUUUCUUAGAGAAUAUAUCCUGUUACCAUAUAUUUUUAAAUAACAUGGCUUUAAAAUAGCUUUGGGGCAGACUCUCAAUGCAAUAAAUACAUUACUGUCAAUAGGGUGAUAGUGAUUUGCAACAGGUAAGGAUUAGGCUUUCUUCAACUGUCUUAGUGAAAAAAGAAGUACUGUUUAUGCAAUACAAACUUUUUUCCCAGAGAAAAUGAUGAAGAAAAAGGCAGAACUCUAGUGUUACAGUAAAAUAUUUAAGCUUACAUGGUAUAAAAUGUAUUUGUAAAGUGUAUUUAAACUUAGAUAACCUGUCUAAGUGAGAUGAAGUCUUCAUAAAGUGAGGUUUUGGAUUCCAGAAAAGUUCCUGUGUGUUGAACAUGGAGGAUCCACUCACUGACUUGCACCUUCAUCCCAACCCUAUUUUAGAAGCUUAAUUUUUGUGACUGUUUCCAUGUCAAAAGUAGGAUGCCUCUGAUUUCCAGAUUCAUGUGAGUUGAGCAAAUGCUUUAGCAGUACAAAAAUGCACUACACUGUAAGCAGAGUUUAUAUUCUGUUUCUAAUCUCCCUGCGGGCUCAGGGCGUAAAUUUCUGGGAUGAAAAUUAGGAAGCAGUCUGCCUUGCAUGUAGAUCUCUUUUCCUUGCUGUGUAACCUUUUGAAGACUGAAAAUGGAGAAAUCUGUGUGAAGGUGAAUACUGUGACUGACUGAUUUUACAGUAUACAGUGCAUUAUUUUUUUACAUAAAUACUGAUUUUUAUAUCAA